CCAGAAGCUCUAUGUUCUAGGGUACUAGAACCGACAUAUGGCUGCUUGGUCAAUUUCCACGUCAAAGAUUAAUGGGUUCAAGUUGUAUUCUGCAGCUCUUGAAUCUGGUUGGCAUUGUACGUUCUGUGCAGUGCUCGGUUCUUCUCACGCCGAGAUCUGCCGAGCUCUCAAGUCGAAAAUGCCAAUCGGUGCCGUCGAGACAACUCGAUACGACACCCUUUGCUGAGAAAUUGACCCAAGUCAUCUUGGCCAGGGCUUCUUAUGGUAUUUUUUUGGUUUUCUCCAAGUUUGAUGAGUUCGACUUAGUGGUCCCUUUGGCAGAUGCCCAAGUGCAAGCCUACACCACUUCCCGGUGAUCUGUUGCGAGAUGCCUCAGGUUUCCUCGCUUAGGAUCGCAUUGUGAAGAAUGCUGGUAUGGAGGAGCUUUGGCUCGGAAUUGAGAACCAUUUCCAUGAACGUGUAUAAAAUUUAGGAGGUGUGGGUAACUACGGGCUC